AUGACGCUGUUGAUAACCAUCCAUUGUUGGGAAAUAUUUUGUGGAUUUCGGAAAAAAAAAAUGAAAUGCGAUUCGAGAUGCAAAAGUUCAAGUUGGCUUACCUUUCAUUUGUCACAACAAGGUACAAGAGUCACAAGAUACUGCCGAAAAGACCGACAAAGAUGUGAUGAUCCAAAGCUUUCUGGAAUACAAUUGAAUUAA